GCUAUUUACUGGUAGACGGCGACCUGCAGCAGAUUUGUGAACCUUGGAACUUACUUAUUGUCUUCCAGCUUACGGAGUGCGUCACGACUAAAUUUAAUCAUGGCUUCAUGCGGAUGACCAGACCCAACGGGCCAUGUUCCGCUCGGGCGGGCUGAUUAGCCACUGUAACCACCGGUGAGCACCUAAACUGCCCUCGCCCCUUCACCCAGGCAUAUCUUCAAAAGGGUCCCCUUGUUAUGAUGCUUUUUAUUAGACGCCUUACUCCUUCCUCAUACAGGAAUCCAUGCUUUUUGGUUCCCGUUCUACACGACUCGUGGCUGGCUUUUGGGAAAAGGCAGUCGAAACGCGAACAGCACUUUGACCCCUCUCUCUCUCACUACUUAACACUCUCUUCAUCGAUCCUUCUCGUUUCUUUGGUGAUCUACCCUUACACUUUCAGUUGUGUCAACCGGUCGCUGUCCGGUGAUAGUCACCUGACACAUUCAAUCUACACUAUGCACUUUUCCUUCGGAGUUGUGGUGGCAGCAUUUGUGUCUUCUUGUCUCGCUUCACCAGGUUAUCUCAGACUUGAUGUUCACAGGAGUUCUUCCAGCGAAAGGCUGAUCAGAAGAUCUGACGAUGUCGAUGCCACCCUCAAUCAAAACACAAACAAACUCGAGUACCUAAUUAACAUCACCGUAGGAACCCCUCCGCAAAACCUGGCCGUCACCCUUGAUACCGGUUCCUCCGAUCUUUGGGUCCCCGCAUCCUCGAGCAGUCUCUGCAAGAAAGGCAAAUGCGACGAAGGCAGCUUCGAUUCGUCCAAGUCGAGCACCUAUACUGUCGUCGAACAGGGUGGCUUCAACAUCACUUAUGCAGCAGUCGGAGACAGUGAUGCUGGUGAUUGGGCUACAGACACCAUCACCGUAGGAGGAUCCGCCCAAAUCAAGCAACAGCAGAUCGGAGUAGCAUCCUCGCUUGUGGAUCAGCAUGGUGUCAUGGGCGUGGGUUAUGAUACGAAUGAAGCAGCAAACGACGAGCCAAACGGCGUUUACCAGUCUGUCAUGGACAACAUGGUAUCGGACAACAUCAUCGCUCGAAAAGCUUACAGCCUGUACUUGAAUGACCUCCGGUCCACCCAGGGCGCCAUCAUCUUUGGUGGAGUUGACACGACCAAAUACACGGGUGACCUUGUUGCUCUACCUCUGCAGGCUGGACAAACAGGCAAUGUUUCAGAAUUCUAUGUGACCCUUACUGGUGUCUCUUAUACUGAUCAUACCGGCAAAACAACACAAUUGUCACCAGACGGCUACGCUCAAGCCGUCCUGCUCGACUCCGGCACGAGCCAAACUUACCUUGACGACGACACAUUUGCAGCGAUUGCUAAUGGAUUUGGAGCAGUUAACGAUGGACAGGGCGACUUCCUGGUCCCUUGUGACUUCACCAAUGUCAAUGGGACUGUCAACUAUGCCUUUGGCGGCGAUGGCGGACCCACCGUUAGUGUCCCUGUAUCACAGGUCAUUGGGGGAAAAGCCUUCUCGUCGGAAAACUUCGACGAUGCCUCCGGUGGCUGCGCCCUGGGGUUUGGGCCUCCGAUUGACGGCAUUGCAAUCCUGGGAGACACAUUCCUCAGAAGUGCGUAUGCUGUUUAUGACAUGGACAACAAUGUUGCUGCUCUGGCUCAAGCAGCGGAGAAUCAGACCUCUACGAGCAGCAUCGAGGUCAUCUCAUCUGGCACGACCCUCCCAGGAGCCACGUUUACCGCUUCGGCUACGGGGACGCAAUUGGGAGGAGCUGCGGCGACGUCGUCGCCGGCUGUUCCAACCGUGAGCCUGUCAGGCACCACGAUGAUUUUGGCAGGAACACCGACGUUCAACCUGGGCGUAUCGCAAGUGACCAGCUACAGCCCUUCCACGAUAACCAAAACCGCAACAUCCUCAGGAGGAGCAGUAAGUGGAGCAGCACCAACGGCCGCUCUGCUGGGCAUGGGGUUGGUUGCUGGUAUUCAUAUGGCCAUGUGAAGAUGAGGUGCUCAAUACUCGCGUCCGGCAGUCGACGGAGACUUCAAAAGUUGAAUGGCAUAAACAAAUCGUACUCCACGAAGAUGGUGUGCGGAAGGUUAGGGAGGUCUACGUGUACGCCGCCCUUUCGCGGCGCGUGCUAUCUAGUAUUUAGUAUGGAGCAUUGCUUGUCCUGUUCAAGCUACUACCACUUCUCGUGUUGUUACACCUGAUGGUCUCUGGCACUCUCUGAUAUACUUGAUUUCUCUUAAUUUCCAC